AUGGCAUCCUCCCUCGAUGGUGUCUCCACAGAAGAUUGCGUUGUUAUCAUAGGAGGGGGUUUUGGGGGGCUGGCAGCGGCAGCUGCCCUGCACAAGGUUGGCGUGCCCUCCAUAGUGCUCGAGAAGUCACGGCAUGCGCGCUCGGAAGGCUUCUCCAUCGGCACGUUCACGAAUGGAUGGAGGGCACUGGACGAGCUGGGCAUCGGCGACGAGCUACGUUCGGCACAUCUAAGGCUCGAAAGCUUCACGUUCUGCAUUUCAAGCGGAGGAGUGCUUACCAAGUUUGAGAUCAAGGACUGCCCCCCACCUCCCUACCGCCCAGACCAUGAGCUAAGGGUGGUUAUGCGAGAGGCCAUUCCACGGCUCCUCACAGAACAGCUGCCACCUAACACUGUCCACUUCGACGCGGGUGUCACCGAUGUGACUACAACACCCACAGGUGCUGAGGUCACUUUGGAAAGUGGGCGGAAGCUGCAGUGCAAGUUUGCAGUGCUGGCGGAUGGAGUCCACAGCAGGGUGGCUGCCAAAUUGCACAAGGCCAAGCUGGAGUUCAUGAAUGACUACGGCUGGAGGGCAAUCACAGAGAUUGACAGUGAGGGGUUGGAGCAUCCUGGAGCCAAUCUUGGCCAGGGCAACGGAGCCCGCAUCGGCUACUUUCCAGUGAAGUACGAUGCCGCGCGCAAGAAAGCCUUGUACUACUGGUUCCUGGCCUGUAGCGGCCGUGAGGAUGAGGACUUUGGGGACGCAGAGCAGCAGAAGGUGAUCAUGCAGAAGAUGGUGAAGGGCUGGAAUGUGGGCCCGUUCCAGCAGCUGCUGGAGGCAACGCCCCCUAACCAGAUCAAGCUCAGCAAGAUCUACCAAAGGCAGGUGGUGGCCGGGCAGCCCUGGUUUGACGGGUGCAUAACUGGUGUCGGAGAUGCCUGCCACGCCACCACGCCUUUCCUGGGACAAGGGGGAGCGAUUGCACUGGAGAGUGGCGUGGAGCUGGGGGUGUUUAUGAAGGAGGCCAUGCAUGCGGAGGGGGGCGUUCCCUUUGCGAAGCUGUCUCCAGAGGCGAUCUGCGCUGCUCUGCGCAAGUAUGAGACCGUACGCUCGGAGCGAGUGGCUCUCGUCAUCAAGAAGAGCGCCAUGGCCUGGCUGAUAAUGGGCGCGCUAAUGAAGGUCGGCUUGCUGAAGGCAUUUCCUCUCAACUCGGGCAACUUUCUGGAUCACACCUGGUGGGAACCCAGUGGCACCUUGAACACUACAGCCGACCAGGCAAAGACGGCGCAGCAUGUCGAGGAUUGACUACUCAUACGACUCCUAUGACUACGUCCCGGAUGGCUAUGAAUUGGAUCAACCAAUUGUGGAGUCUUCGGCAAGCGAGUGGAGCUUGACGAUUACUACUAUCGUCAUAUACUACUACAUACUACUGCUAUACUUCAUAGCAGUAGUAUCUCGAGUAUCACAGUUGCUGAUUCUAGGGAGAGCUGCAUGCGCAAACUGAGCGCAGUGGCACUUCCGGACCACAGUCGAUGCCGAGAUGAGGCCGCAGAUUGCUUGGUGCCGCGCAGUAUCACAAUUAAAUGCUUUUCCUGCCAAGAGGAAGGUACGUCCUGCAGACAAGCUGCAAAUAAAGGCUGCCACAAUCCUGCCCUGUGUUGGACUCCCCAGAUCCAUGUAAAAUCCAAUCAACCAUGGGCACAGAUCUGUAUAGCCGAUUUGGCUUGCAUGGCAGGCGGCUCGCACACAUGAAGCCAAUUAGAGGCAGAUAUUUUGCCUUUACAGCCCAAGCAAGAGAGAGCCUUUUGAGGCCUUUGAGAUCAAGGCUAUUCAGAGCAAGCUGCACGGAUCUGUCAAUUCUUGCUUAUUCAAUGUUGUGUUGGGUGACUCCUAGGCGUUUUCCAUAUGAGACAGCAUAUAGAUCUGUGCGGGGUUGCUACCAAUUAGCCUCUAUGACUGUCGCAUUUUUGAUUUGGGUGCUACUGCUUGUCUGGGCGUUGCCAGCAAGCAGAGUAGAUUAGGGAGUUCAUUACUGGGCAUUCGAGCUAUGAACUCAAUUCAAAUUGUAGACAGCGGCUGCUCAUGAUCUAGACCAAUCGCCGGCGUUAUGAUACCAUGCAGCAAUUGGGUUUGUGAGUCUUCUACGCCGAUUCCAAACAGUGAGGGAGCAAUACACAAAAUGUUCCUGCAGCAGUGGACAGCUGUGUUUCAAGUUCUGCAUGUGGCAUGCACGUGGGAUUGUCAUCCUAGAUAGGCUGAGGGUGAUGUGUUGAAUCCAAAAAUAAUCAUCGGAUGUAAGCAUUGGUGGGGAC